GAAGUUUAGUUUCACCGUGCUCACUAUCGUGAUGCUGUUUUAAUACAAACUUCGUGACUAAGUUUUGAAGCAAGUAGGGAUAUCUGGAGGAGUAUCAUCUGAACUGAGAUCUGCUGCUGUGAAGAUGGUGUUUGUUAAAGAGGAGAGUGAAGAGAACACGAGUGAACAAGAACCUUGGAGAAUAAAACACGAGGAACCAGAACCCAGGAGGAUAAAACACGAGGAACAAGGAGGCCUGAUGAAAAUGAAAGAAGAAAGACCAGAUCUGAAUGAAGUGGAGGGGAAACCUCAGUGUCAGAAAGAUCAUGAUGUCAAUGGAGAAAAAUCAGCGAGUUGCAGCAUUCAAAUAACAGACGUCAAAAGGCCUUUCAGCUGCUCUCAGUGUGGAAACACUUACAAACAUAAAGGAAGCCUUAUUAAUCACAUGAUAAUUCAUAGUGAGGAAAAGCCUUUCACCUGCUCUCAGUGUGGAAACACUUUCACAUGUAACAAAAGCCUUAAGGAUCACAUGUUAAUUCAUGCUGGAAUAAAGCCUUUUACCUGCUCUCAGUGUGGAAAGAGUUUUACACAGAAAGUACACCUUAAGAAUCAUUUGGUAACUCACACUUCAGAAAAGCCUUUCAGCUGCUCUCAGUGUGGAAACACUUUCACACGUAAAGCAAGCUUUAAGAAGCACAUGUUAAUUCAUAAUGAAAUAAAGCCUUUCAGCUGCUCUCAGUGUGGAAAGUGUUUUACACAGAAAGGACACCUUGAGAAUCAUUUGGUAACUCACACUUCAGAAAAGCCUUUCAUCUGCUCUCAAUGUGCAAAGUCUUUCACACGUAAAGGAUACCUUAAGACUCACAUGUUAAUUCAUGCUGGGAUAAAGCCUUUUACCUGCUCUCAGUGUGGAAAGAGUUUCAUAUGUAAAGGAUACCUUAAGACUCACAUGUUAAUUCAUUCUGGAAUAAAGCCUUUCACUUGCUCUCAGUGUGGAAAGAAUUUUACACAUAAAUCAAACUUUAAGAAGCACAUGUUAAUUCAUACUGGGAAAAAGUCUUUCACCUGCUGACAUCACUGAAUUCAAUGAACUGUCUUUGAAAAUUGAGUGUUUAC